AUGUUACGUAUAGGCCUCGAACAACCCUGGUCGUUUGAUGAUGAUCCUUCGGGCGCUGAAACCGGGACUUAUGCAGGAGAGCAGAUUGCUCAUGAUGCAGGCGCUUAUCCUAGAGUCCAUGUGGGCGUUGAGUGGGACUUCAUGACCUCGACGGAAGAAGAUCCCAUUCGCUAUUCUGCCGAAUGGGGGACGCUCGUACAUUCGAAUCCAGCAAUGCUUAUUUCACACCUAGCAGCCGAGGAAAGCACGCUGAACGCGUCUGGGUCCAUUCCAAUUGUAGAACAUUCCGUUGCCUAUCAGGCCAACCCGGUCUUGCCAUUAGCCGUGGGGGCGACGUCGCUGAUCGAUCAAUGGGUCUUACCUGAUGGGGCCCUGGUUCCUACCGUCGAUACUCAAUGUGCGACCGGUGCCCCUUCGUGGAUGUUCGCACCGAUCGAGGAGGACAAAGAAGCACCUGAAACCAGCGGAGUAUCCGACGGGGGCGAUGGUGGGGCGUUUACGGACCUCUCUACGUCUCUUGCAGUGCACGCAGAGGCGCUUGUGUCGAUGGACAUCUGCCAAUGGGACGAGUGUGGUGCGCCGCUGUAUGCUAUUAGCCAUAUCAGGGAGCGCCACAUCGACAAAUGCGCCCGCGAUGCACGAGAGAGCGUGGCGUGCAAGUGGGGGCAGUGCGGAUCGAAAACGAUGAAGCAGAACCUCCUGAAGCAUAUUCGCUGCGUGCACCUGCGCAUGCUGGAGGUGGCUUGCCAGCAUUGCGGGGCUAUAUUUUCUAGGAAGGAUGCGCUUCGCCGUCAUCAGAGCAAAUUUGGUCAAUUGUGCAAGCUGAGGUCGCGACGCACGCGAUCGACCGUUCGUGGUGGAUGA